AUGGCACAAGUUAUUUCAAACUCGGGUCAUGACGACAUGAUUCAUGAUGCGGUCUUGGAUUAUUACGGAAGACGACUCGCAACCUGCUCUUCUGACAAGACUGUCAAGAUCUUCGAAGUUGAAGGCGAAUCGCAUCGUCUCACAGAGACACUCAAAGGGCAAGUUUCCCUGUCUGCUCCCCAGGAAACGAAACUAACAUCGCCCAGUCACGAAGGCGCUGUCUGGUCGGUGUCCUGGGCACACCCGAAAUAUGGCAAUAUCCUGGCUUCAGCUGGUUACGAUGGCAAGGUCUUCAUAUGGCGCGAACAAGGCACUGCCUGGACUAAGGUCUUCGAUUUCGCCCUGCAUACUGCAUCUGUGAAUAUCAUUUCCUGGUCUCCCCACGAAUCUGGCUGCUUACUCGCCUGCGCUUCAUCCGACGGCAAUGUGUCUGUGUUGGAGUUCAAGGACAACUCAAUGGACCACAAGAUCUUCCAUGCGCAUGGCAUCGGAGUCAAUUCUGUAUCCUGGGCACCAAGCACCACCCCUGGAUCGCUGGUCUCGAGCGCAGGUGGUCAGGGUGGAGUUAGGAGAUUUGUUACAGGUGGUAGCGACAACAUGCUGAGAUUAUGGAGCUUCGACGCUGCGUCACAAAAUUACACACAGGAGCGAGAGCCACUGACGGGACAUACCGACUGGGUACGCGAUGUUGCAUGGUCACCGACGGUAUUGCAAAAGAGCUAUAUUGCAUCCGCUAGUCAAGACAAGACAGUUCGGAUUUGGACGAGCGAUCCUAGCCAGCCGGGCGUAUGGAAUAGCAAGGUGUUGAACUUUGACGUGGUACUAUGGAGAGUGAGCUGGAGUUUGAGUGGGAACGUAUUGGCGGUCAGUGCGGGUGAUAAUAAAGUCAGUCUCUGGAAGGAGAAUCUGAGGGGCGAAUGGGAGUGUGUGAAGACUAUUGAGGAGUAG